UGGUUUGUGCUUAUUAUAUUAAGUAUUCAUUUUUAGCAUUUGUGAUCAGAUUACAGAACAGUCAUUACUCUUGCUUUUCAAAUUGAUUUGGUUUUCAAACUCCAAAACUCUGUGAUGAUUUUUACAAAUUGGUUUACAUUUUGACAGAACAGAGUUAAGUUAAUUAAUAGAUCAGGCACGAAAAAUCAUCCACAGUAGGGUAUAUUUUCUGGUAAAAUGAAAGUUAUGUUUCAGCAUGAUGAGCAUCAGGCUUCAGUAAUCUGUUCCUCGUGUGGAAUGAACACUUCCUACUUCGAGCUAGCAGGCACCUACUGUUUAUUUACGCUGCAUUAAACUGACAGUGCAGCAAUCAGAGGAAAAAUAUUACUUGCCUUCCUGAAGUAAAUACCAGUUUAUAGGUUAGUGCACGUAUUUAUAUUCCUGUUACCACUAAAUAACGGCUCUGUCUCCUUUUUAAUAUCUACCUGUGCUAUAAUCCAGGGCUUCAGACUCUUCCUGGUUGGGGAUAGGGGUCCAGAGGAGUUUUUCUUAUCAUUUCCCUAUGGCAAAAUUUUAAAGACAAGUAAUUUCAUCUUCUCAUUUCUGUCAUGUGAGAACCAGUUGAAAGAAAUGUUAUGCACUUUUACUUUGCAUACCUCAACUAUAACAUCAAAACCCCAAAAGAAUCUGCAUGCCACUUAAAAUAGUCAUCUUAAAGCAACCUCAGGAUAAAUAUGUUCAAACACAUUCAAAUGUGUUUUGCUAAAUUAACUUUCUACAAAGUUCCAAAAAGAUUAAACUAUUUGAUUCCUCAGAUAAUAACUUCAAUAAAGUGUCUCCUCUUCCAAGUCUUAGAUGGAAUGUUUGAGUUUUUAAUGGAGUUCUGAAAAUAUGAAUAUAAAGUGGGGCUCAUUGAUUGAUUUAUUGAUUGACUCGCUAAGCUUUUCUCUGAAAAUAUUCUUACCUCCUUCAUUUGACUUCUUGUUAAUCUGCCAUCCUUAAAAUAAGGGAGAUUUCUACUUUGUUGUAAUACUAAAUGUGUUCGUUGUUUUUCUUUUACAUUAAAAAUCCUUUCUCUUUCAAGACGCCUUUGAAACAUCAAAAUACUAUUAAAGUUGAAUUCCAGAACUCACAAUUAACUUGAGAAAAGGCUUAUUUUCACUUAAGUUAUCUAAGAAGCGGUUACACUUAACUGUCUAUACACAGUUAUCAAUACCUAGUCACAUAUUCCACUGACAUCAGGGUAGAAUAUGGUCUUAAUAACAACAUAUAAAUCAAAUCUGUUACACAAGGUUCUUCUCCUUCACUAUACUGAAGAAAAAGUGUCUACUAUAGUAAUUUAUAUAUCAUUCCUAAAUGCUGUUCUCAAUGGUAAGUCUAUUUAAACUUCAUGUCUUCAUAGAGUGUGAUCAACACAUUAACACACAUUAUUUCAUACUUUUGAACUUACGCCAAUGGUAUCUUUUGCUGUUUAUUUUUUUAAGUCUUUUUUAAGAUUAGAUAUUUCAGAGUAAAUAGAUACAGAUUGUGUGUAUAUAUAUUCAGGGUGAGAUUUAGUAGGGUAGCAUUUCUCCAACAUAUUGGCCUAUCUUUAUGCUUUCAAGUUAUUUUGUAUCACUUCUACAGUUGUUGCAGUUUGAAAGUUCAUAAUCGAAAUUCUAAUAACCUCUUUCAAUGGACUUUCAAGGAUGUAAUUCAGUUUAUGCGGUGAUGUAGUUUAGUUACAAGAGAUGAAAAUUAGUUAACUGGUACCUCAGGAUUUAUGUCCCUGGUUUCUGCUGAAAUUUAUUCAGUCCAGUUAUUUGACAUUUGGUAGAGAAGUGGCUUGUAAUCAAAAAUUAAGAGUUGGUUCAGUUUCCAGUGGAGGAAAGAUUUUGCUGGAUAAAACAUUUAACUGUGCAAUAUUUUAUUACACUCAUCACUCAUUUUAGAGCCUGCUUAUUGUUGCACACAUUUUUGAAUACCUAGGGGUGCAGGUCCCCAGAUGAGGCUGAAAUGCUUGCAGAAGAAGCAGAUGUCAGGCUGCACCUGGCUGUGCCUUUACUAGUACCUAUGUGGACUUAAGCUGCCCCCCCGCACCCCUUUCCCCCCAGGUGUGCAGGAAGUAGAGGGCGUUAUACUGGGUGAAGUGGGUGGACUCUACCCAGAGCUAUGACCUGAUUUGUGACGCACCCUCAGAACUGCAGUAAUGGUCCAGCUGCUUCACAGGCAACUGGUAACCACCUCAUUUGGGGAUGUUUCUGCCUUGCUAGCAGUGCCAGAGAGAACUUCAUCAUUGUCACCUCAUCAAAGACUACUUUUUCAGCCAUCUCCUGUAGGGCUAGAUUCGGAGAGCAGCUUCUGAUAUUUGGAGGGUGAUCUUUAGACAGUGACUGAGUAUGGAUCAUUUGAACGAGGCAACUCAGGGGAAAGAACAUUCAGAAAUGUCUAACAAUGUGAGUGAUCCGAAGGGUCCACCAGCCAAGAUUGCACGCCUGGAGCAGAACGGGAGCCCGCUAGGAAGAGGAAGGCUUGGGAGUACAGGUGCAAAAAUGCAGGGAGUGCCUUUAAAACACUCGGGCCAUCUGAUGAAAACCAACCUUAGGAAAGGAACCAUGCUGCCAGUUUUCUGUGUGGUGGAACAUUAUGAAAACGCCAUUGAAUAUGAUUGCAAGGAGGAGCAUGCAGAAUUUGUGCUGGUGAGAAAGGAUAUGCUUUUCAACCAGCUGAUCGAAAUGGCAUUGCUGUCUCUAGGUUAUUCACAUAGCUCUGCUGCCCAGGCCAAAGGGCUAAUCCAGGUUGGAAAGUGGAAUCCAGUUCCACUGUCUUACGUGACAGAUGCCCCUGAUGCUACAGUAGCAGAUAUGCUUCAAGAUGUGUAUCAUGUGGUCACAUUGAAAAUUCAGUUACACAGUUGCCCCAAACUAGAAGACUUGCCUCCCGAACAAUGGUCGCACACCACAGUGAGGAAUGCUCUGAAGGACUUACUGAAAGAUAUGAAUCAGAGUUCGUUGGCCAAGGAGUGCCCCCUUUCACAGAGUAUGAUUUCUUCCAUUGUGAACAGUACUUACUAUGCAAAUGUCUCAGCAGCAAAAUGUCAAGAAUUUGGAAGGUGGUACAAACAUUUCAAGAAGACAAAAGAUAUGAUGGUUGAAAUGGAUAGUCUUUCUGAGCUAUCCCAGCAAGGCGCCAAUCAUGUCAAUUUUGGCCAGCAACCAGUUCCAGGGAACACAGCCGAGCAGCCUCCAUCCCCUGCGCAGCUCUCCCAUGGCAGCCAGCCCUCUGUCCGGACACCUCUUCCAAACCUGCACCCUGGGCUCGUAUCAACGCCUAUCAGUCCUCAAUUGGUCAACCAGCAGCUGGUGAUGGCUCAGCUGCUGAACCAGCAGUAUGCAGUGAAUAGACUUCUAGCCCAGCAGUCCUUAAACCAACAAUACUUGAACCACCCUCCCCCUGUCAGUAGAUCUAUGAAUAAGCCUUUGGAGCAACAGGUUUCGACCAACACAGAGGUGUCUUCCGAAAUCUACCAGUGGGUACGCGAUGAACUGAAACGAGCAGGAAUCUCCCAGGCGGUAUUUGCACGUGUGGCUUUUAACAGAACUCAGGGCUUGCUUUCAGAAAUCCUCCGAAAGGAAGAGGACCCCAAGACAGCAUCCCAGUCUUUGCUGGUAAACCUUCGGGCUAUGCAGAAUUUCUUGCAGUUACCGGAAGCUGAAAGAGACCGAAUAUACCAGGACGAAAGGGAAAGGAGCUUGAAUGCUGCCUCGGCCAUGGGUCCUGCCCCCCUGAUAAGCACACCACCCAGCCGUCCUCCCCAGGUGAAAACAGCUACUAUUGCCACUGAGAGGAAUGGGAAACCAGAGAACAAUACCAUGAACAUUAAUGCUUCCAUUUAUGAUGAGAUUCAGCAGGAAAUGAAGCGCGCUAAAGUGUCUCAAGCACUGUUUGCAAAGGUUGCAGCAACCAAAAGCCAGGGAUGGUUGUGCGAGCUGUUACGCUGGAAAGAAGAUCCUUCUCCAGAAAACAGAACCCUGUGGGAGAACCUCUCCAUGAUCCGAAGGUUCCUCAGUCUUCCUCAGCCAGAACGUGAUGCCAUUUAUGAACAGGAGAGCAAUGCGGUGCAUCACCAUGGCGACAGGCCGCCCCACAUUAUCCAUGUUCCAGCAGAGCAGAUUCAGCAACAGCAGCAGCAACAGCAACAGCAGCAGCAGCAGCAGCAGGCACCGCCGCCUCCACAGCCACAGCAGCAGCCACAGGCAGGCCCUCGGCUUCCCCCACGGCAACCCACGGUGGCCUCUCCAGCAGAGUCGGAUGAGGAAAACCGACAGAAGACCCGGCCACGAACAAAAAUUUCAGUGGAAGCCUUGGGAAUCCUCCAGAGUUUCAUACAAGACGUAGGCCUGUACCCUGACGAAGAGGCCAUCCAGACUUUGUCUGCCCAGCUCGACCUUCCCAAGUACACCAUCAUCAAGUUCUUUCAGAACCAGCGGUACUAUCUCAAGCACCAUGGCAAACUGAAGGACAAUUCCGGUUUAGAGGUCGAUGUGGCAGAAUAUAAAGAAGAGGAGCUGCUCAAGGAUUUGGAAGAGAGUGUCCAAGAUAAAAAUACUAACACCCUUUUUUCAGUGAAACUAGAAGAAGAGCUGUCAGUGGAAGGAAACACAGACAUUAAUGCUGAUUUGAAAGACUGAGAUAAAAGUAUUUGUUUCGUUCAACAGUGCCACUGGUAUUUACUAACAAAAUGAAAAGUCCACCUUGUCUUCUCUCAGAAUACCUUUGUUGUUCAUUGUUUGGCCAAUGAAUCUUCAAAAACUUGCACAAACAGAAAAGUUGGAAAAGGAUAAUACAGACUGCACUAAAUGUUUUACUCUGUUUUACAAACUGCUUGGCAGCCCCAGGUGAAGCAUCCAGGAUUGUUUGGUAUUAAAAUUUGUGUUCACGGGAUGCACCAAAGUGUGUAUCCCGUAAGCAUGAAACCAGUGAUUUUUUUUUUUUUUUUUUAGUUCUUAUUCUGGAGCCUCAAACAAGCAUUAUACCUUCUGUGAUUAUGAUUUCCUCUCCUAUAAUUAUUUCUGUAGCACUCCACACUGAUCUUUGGAAACUCGCCCCUUAUUUAAAAAAAAAAAAAAGAAAAAAAAGAGUUUGUUACUCUAUUGUAUGUUACAAAAGAACUAUAGACUGUGGAAUGCAGUUUAAAGAUGACAUAUGCCAACAAAUGCCUUGUAUUAUAUGGCACUGCCGUAAUUCAAAUUUGUUUUUAUUUUGGAAAUAAAAGUUCACUGUAAUUUUUUUUCAUUUUCAUUGUUACAUGAUUUUUUAAAAAAAGGAAAAGAAAAUGUGAAACACAAUUUAGUCCUCUAUUUAUUUGUAGAUCUGCAGCAUCAUGUUGUAAUUAAUUUUUUGGAAGUUUCCGUUAAAUGUAAUAUUGCUUCUCUUGUUACCAUACUGAUUCUUUUCUAUUUAUAAAUGUAUUUUGAUGGGCAGUAAAACAAAGUGUCUUAAAAGUUUUAAAUAGAGAAAAUGUGCUUUACACAGUUGCCUAUAAAAAGUGCUCUAUGUUAUCCAAGCAAUUCAUACUAUAAGCUUCACUCUUAUUGUUGUAUGCAAUUUUUACUAUCAUGCAAAUAAGCUUAGGUAAAUAAAACUAAUAGAUCACGUUAGAAAAUUAUGCAAUUAAUGUGAAAAUAAUUGAUGUUUGCAAUGUGUCUUCCUUUGGUUUACAAUCAAUUUUAAAGCUACAUCUGUAUAAAAUUUCUGUAUAAAGGUGUAUUUCUUUUUUAUGAGUUUAUGGCUAUGAAAACACCAGCUAUUUUGUUACAGCUGGCUGUUUUUAUAAGUGUAUCACAAUUUUCUUUAUGCAGAAAUGUUCUGACUAGGAGUGGUUAUUGACUGUAACUACACAAUUAAAAUUGUUUGUAUCAUAUGA